AUGUCGGAUUGGGUUGGAAGUAUUGUUUCACUCGAUUGUGGUGAUGUACUUGGUACAUAUCAAGGUCAAGUACAAUGGAUAGAUAAUGGAGAUAAUACAUUAACUUUACGAAAUGCAUUCAGAAAUGGUUUAAAAUGUGAAGUUCCUAAUGUUACAAUCAGAUCAUCUGAUAUUAGAGAAUUGAAAAUACUCAAUUCUCCUGAAGAUGCUAAAGACGUUUUCUGUAGAAAAGCCACACCCUCCAAAUUAUCUAAAGAAGUAGAAGAAUCAAUUAAUCCUAAGUGUCCUUCACCUGUCAAAGUUAUCCAUGCUUCGGGAAUGGCCACCAAUGGAUUUAUACAAGGAUCAAACCCUCCAAUGAACAAUAUGUAUAGUGGAUCUUAUACAAAACGUGCCACACCUACUCGUGAUUACGGACUUGCCAAUCAAAAUGGACAAUAUAGUAAUGGACAGUAUAAUAAUGGACAUUACUUAACUAAUGGAUAUAAUAAUAAACAGAAUGGUAAUCAACGCUUAACACCUACCAGAGAUCCUGAUGUUAGAAGACAAAAUGAUUUUGACUUUGAAAAGAACUUACAAUUAUUUGAUAAACAGGCAGAGUAUGCCAAGAUAGAAAAUGAUAUGCCAGAAGGUAUGAUGGUUGAUAAGAAACCAACUAAAUACAGGUGUGAUGAAAAUGUGUUAUCAACCGGUCCUGUUGUACUACAACAGAUAAAAACACCUGGGACAGCAGGUAGAAGUUAUGUUACAGAUUCAGGAUUAGUGGUACCAUGUAUUAGUACCGGAUUAAGAAAUACUAUAUUAUCAUUAGCUGUAAAAUACGGUAUUACUAUAGAUAGACAGAUAGAAAUGGUGGGUAGAUCAGCUAGUGAAAUGGUCCUACAGUUAUUAGGAGGUUGUCAUAGAUUGAGUCCUCAGAACGGUCAUCAAUUACCUGUUGUUGUUAUUUUAUGUGGACCCCACUUACAGGGUGCUAAGGGUAUCAAUUGUGCCAGGCAGCUAGCCAAUCAUAAUGUGAAAACUUUACUGUAUGUGCCAAAUUUUGUAAGAAUGCCAGAAGAAAUUGAAAAAGAGUUAAAAUUGUAUGAAUUGUGUGAUGGAAAACGAACAAGUUGUGCUAAAGAUCUUCCACAAGGUCCUGUGGAUAUGAUUGUUAAUGCACUGGAUAAUCAUGACAACCUACAACUUCGACAUCAAGACUGGUAUACAUCAUUAGUCAACUGGGCAGGUAACAAAAGAGCCAACUGUUUAACCAUAGAUCCACCAAUAGAAGGCUCAUUGUUAGAAUCAAAAUGGAGCCUGGCAGUGUGUUUACCUUUAGAAAUGAAGGCAUGCAAUAGUCAGAUGUAUUUAUGUGAUUUAGGUAUACCUAAAAAGGUUUAUUCAGAAGCAGGAAUCAAAUACAUGUCUCCUUUCGGACAUAAAUUUGUUAUUCCUCUUCACGAGAGGACAUAG